UGACGAAUGUGGUUUUGGAAAUCAACUAUGGUCCUUGCAAAUUGUGACAACUCCCGAUGUUGAAUGUGGGCGUUGAGUUGCCUUUCAGGUUUUUCCUCAGUUCACGCACUACGGAACUGAGGGUAUUGCGCUAAGAUUUCUAACAACGGCAUGAUGAUCUUUCCUCUCUUCGCGGUGCUGGUGCCAGCUCUUGCGUUAGCUGACUCCCCCUCGGCUCACCUCAUCGUAACCACCAUCAAUCAUAUCCAAACAGGCGUCCAACUGUGCCAAACUUUAUCAGACUCCGUUCUUAUCAGUUCCACUGUGGAACCGAACGGUUUAACCAGAUGUCAUUAUGCACCUGCAACACCCGUGCCAUGCCUUCUUCCUGCGGAGGGACCCAAGAGUAAUGAGGGAACGAAAGGGACCUCGACAGUGCUGGUGAAAAUGGUCACCAUUGAGGCUUUGGAGGAUAAUCGGGAUCAGACCCAAGUAAUCGUCGAGCAGCCAGAGCUAAGUGCUGCUCAGUGGAACCUGUCAUUAGCGCUUAAUUUUUCAUUCCGGCAAGUAUUAACUGUCCUACGUCAGGUCGUGUGGAAUCUUCGUGAUGUACUGCUGUAUGCGGUUAGUAUUGGUGCUCAGAUUGCGAAUCAGUCGCUUGUAAAUGUGUUCAUUUUCACUUGGAACUUCAAAACUGCCUUCCGACACAUGGUUUCUUCCGAAGAGGUGGCAGGUGCACCUAUAUCUAAGACAUCAUCCAGCGAAGGCCGAGGAAUGAGUCUUGAAAUGUUUCUUUUGAAUGUGAAAGGCACUCCAACUAGAUGCGUCAACUUCUGUCUUCCUGGUCUUUAGGUGACGUCGUAGAGCAUUUUUAUACUCUGGCCUUUCAG